AUGUCUUCCUCUGGAGUGUCCAGUCGUAAACUCCAUCAAUUAAUCGAGGACGAAGGUUUCAAAUCGUUCCUUCCCUGUGUCCGUUGCACUCGUCUUCGUCACGCCUGUAUCCGGUCCGAUCGUUCGAAAAGUUGUUCGUGUUGUGUUCGUGCUGGUCGCGGCAUCAAGUGCGAGAUGCCCGAGAGAACUUUCACCGAUUCCGAAUGGCGCCGUCUCGUCCGCGCCCAGGACGAAGUGGCUGAGAAGUGUCGCGAGGCCUUGGCCGCUGUGAUGCGCCUGGAUCGUCAAGAGGCUUUGCUGAAGAAAUAUGCGGGUGACUUUAUCGCCCGUAAAUACGAUGAGGUAGCUCAACUCGAAGAGCUUGAGCGUCGUGAAAAAGAAGAGAUCGAACGUCUCGAAAAAGAACGUGUCGAGUGCCGCUACUGGGUCCGAUAA